GAAAAAAAACUGACCUGUUGUCCACAGCCUAAUCCUAACAUGGCCGACGCUGUGGACGACAGUAAGAGAUCCAACACAGAACUACAGAACUUCCUGGCCCACAAACAGGAGUGGGAGGAAUUUACAGGUGAAUUAUAUGAUGCCGUGCAACAACAGAUGACUGAGAGUAACGUCAACUUCUUCAAUGACCUGUCAGAAACAGAAAAGAUUUUUGUCCUGGAGAAAGCAGCCAAAGCUCUAAAGUCAGGCGCUGUUUACAAGGAACUUUCCGCUCGUAUCAGCUCCAGUUUGGAAGAAAAUAUGCUCCAUUAUGUUGCUCAGGAACAGCCGGAUGAUAACAUUUCAAGAAGUCAGCUAGACAUGGUGGCUUCACAUAUUCAGGAUGGAGUGAUCAAUAUUUUAGAAAACCGACCAAGCAUGAAGGUAAAACUACAUGUUCUUCUUAACCAGUCCUUACCAGUCGCACUCAGAACUCUGGCCUGGAAAUUACAAUUAUCCAACACAAAAGCCCGAAUGGAAUAUCUGGCACAUGUGUCCAUGAACAAGGCCCGAUCUGUACUAGACCGAGAGAUAGCUCUACAUUGUGAGGCUCUACUGUCAAAUGAACAAACAUUUCAAAACCUGAAGGAUAAAAAGGGUAUUGCAAGAUGUAUGCGGAAUGUGAUAUCCUAUCGUCAUAAAUAUGCAAAGAUUAGCCUUUUAGAUGAAGACUAUCUUUUGCUCGUACCUCUUUCACAGACAGUGUUUAUGACAUCUAAACCUAGCACAUCAAUAGAUUCAUUGUCCAUCAUAUUGGUUGAGGAAUACAUCACUUUUAUGGACUCCAGACCAUCCGUCAUGCAGAGAAGUGAGCACUCAAAGGAAAGUGGAGCAUUCCAAAAAAUGUCUGUGUCAUUACAAACCCUGGAUGAAAACCUAGCACAAACCAUCAAAAAAAUAUUUGCGACUGAAGCUACAGAUUCCGAAGAGGCCUUGACUGUUGGUCUACAGAAGAUGCUGCGACCUGUCUUCCAAGUCUUCUUUGUCGGUUACCUGAAUAUGAAUACAUUACUCCAUGUGUGGGACCAGUACAUCAUGGGACUCAAUGAGCCAGAGUUUGACUGCUUCCCAGCUUAUGGUUUAGCUUUUCUCAUAUUACUAAAAAGGCAUCUCAGCAGCUCAAACACACCUACUGAAAUGCAAGCAGUACUCAAAACAGCCGGAGUGUCUCUAUCUGUUCAGGAAUUUCAGACUAUAAUAAAUAAGCAUUUUUAUCAAGAUCUCUUUAAUUCACUGAAUAAGGGAGGAAACAACGAAUUUCCAGUUCACGAUCCAACACAAGCUACCCCACAUUGGAGUUAUGUUACCAAAGUGACAACAUAUCCAAGAACAAGACCACAAGAUAGAAGACACGCAAGAGAAGAACGAGAAGCCUUAAAAAGACAGAAGACUGAAAAAGAACAGAGAGAAGAACAAAAAAGAUAUCAGCAGGAGGAGCGGCAGAAAAGGCAACAGGAAGAAAGGCUUGAACAAGUUAUGGCAGAAACCAGAAGAAAAUAUGAAGAGGAUAAAACUUCUCUUCACAAGCAGCUUCAACAGGAACAACAGCGCAGCUAUGAAAUAGAGAAAAAGGCGACACAGCAAAUAAAUGAAUUGCAAGAAGAGAUCAGGAGGCUAUUACAGCAAAGAAGGGUGUCUAUUGGUGAUGAUUCAGUAGAAAGUGUUAUGGCUCCACCUCCCUCCAUCAAGUCACAGACCCCCACCCAAUUUAGGAUGACUGAAAGCCCAUUGACCACAGAAAACCAACCUGACAACACUGUUAAAGAAGUGAAUGGAAAGACGGCCAAUACUGUUAUACUCGACCUGUUACAGAAGAUGAUGGCAUCUGCAGAUACACUUAUUAAUGGUCAGACACUUGGAGAAAGGGAUAUUUUGAAUAGUAUUACAAGAAUGCAUCUUAAACAUUACAAUGAAGAUGUAAAGAAUGCAGAGGUUGAAAUAUGUGGCCGUGAGCUGGAGCCAAAUGAACUGGAUAACAUAAAAGAACAUAAGAGAACAGCAAUAUCCAAAAGGUUAUCUGAAGCAAUAAAAAGACAGUCAGAAGCACGUUAUAUGGGUACAAUAAGAGCAAGUGCACAAAACUUAUCACAAAAUGUUACUUACACUAUCUAGAAUUUUACUACAAAGCCUUAAAAGGAUUGUUCAGCUGUAUUUACUGAAAAGAGCAGAAAAACACUGUUGUAUAGCUGUUAGGGUAUAAAAGCAAAUUGUACCUGAUGGUCACUAAACUUAUGAAAAUCUCCUUUCUAUUUUUCAGACAAGUGUCAAAAAGGCAAAACGGAGCUACUCAAGUGCCACAGCCUGGCAUAACUCCUUGCUCUCCAUCUCCCAGCCCCGACCUGACUCAACCACAUUGCUGGGAGCUGAGGACAAGAAAGGAAGUGAGCUAGGCUGUGAUAUUUACGUAGCUCGGUUGUUUCCUUGACAUUUUGGUGAGAAAUAAAAAAGGGGAAUUUAUAAGUUUGACAAUCAUCAUCAGCUCCAGAGGAUAGGUCAUUAAUCGUCAGGGUGCCAAAACCCAGCACGCCCCCCAAAUCACCUGUUCGGUGCCCUCACUACACAGUAAACAGGCCCAGAAAUAGUUGCCACCAUUCAUAUUAGUCAGACACAGAAACAGAGCUGCAGAUGCCAGCACAUAGAUGUUUUUGGGGAUAAAAUUUACCAUGACUUUGUGUUAUCAGCUGUGGAGUCAAACUGGUGGUGCUGAGCCACAGAAGCAUGCCUCCUUACUACCCCUGUUACUUACUCUCUUAAAGGGGUACUCCGGUGCUUAGACAUCUUAUCCCCUACC